AUGCAAGCGCGGCGGCUGGCCAAGCGCUCCAGCCUGGGCAGCCGGCGCUUGAGCGCGGCGGCGGGGCCACCGUCGGCCGCUCAGCAUUUCCCGGAGUCGGGCGCCCGCGGCGCGCCGAAGCCCGAAAGCUCCUGGAGGCCGCCCCGCAGGGAGGGCUCGACGGCCGCCCUCGAGGAAGAAGACGAGGAGGAGGACGUGGUGGUCGACGUGGAGGAGGAGGACGACGGCGACGAGGUGGAGGCGGGCGGCGUCGGCAGCCCUCUGUCGGAGCUCGCCGGGCCGGCCAAGGGCCACGCGGCGGGCAGAGCAAACCACAAGGCAACCAGCAUAAAGCGUGAAAUGACCUUCACAGUAUUUCAGCAGGAGGAUCUAAAAAGUGAUCUGAAUCAAAAACUAUCAGACCAACAUUUUUUUCUGUUGGCCAUGAAAGAAGAGGAUUCAAAAACAGCAGACACCAAAAAACCUGGCAGAGUCUAUGAGCAUGAGAAAGAAAACACUCGUUCAAUCUGCCUUCUCGAACAGAAGCGCAAAGUUGUAUCUUCAAACAUUGAUGUGCCUCCUGCAAGGAAAACUUCAGAAGAAGUGGACAUGGAUAAAGUCACGGCAGCUAUGGUACUAACCAGUUUAUCUACCAGCCCUUUGGUCCACAGCCCUCCUGUCCGACCCAAUGAGUCCUUAAAUGGAUCUUGGAAAGAAGGAGGAUUUGUGCCUUCUAGUACCAGCAGCAGUGGGUAUUGGAGCUGGAGUGCUCCAAGUGACCAAUCAAACCCAUCCACACCAUCACCACCUCUCUCUGCUGACAGCUUCAAACCAUUUCGAUUGUCCUCUCAAAUGGAUGAUGGCAUUGAUGAGGCUGAAACUAGCAGCCUCCUUUUUGAUGAGCCCAUUCCUAGAAAAAGGAAGAAUUCCAUGAAGGUCAUGUUUAAAUGCCUUUGGAAAAACUGCGGAAAGGUACUAAGCACAGCUGUUGGUAUUCAAAAACACAUCCGGACCAUUCACCUUGGACGUGUAGGUGAAUCUGACUACAGUGAUGGAGAGGAAGAUUUUUACUACACAGAGAUACGUCUCAACACUGACUCAGUAGCUGAUGGAUUAAGUAGCUUGUCUCCCAUCUCCCCGUCUCUAGCAUCUCCUCCUUCUUUUCCAUCCCAAGAUGUGAGCAAAAGUGAAUUAUCAUGUGCCAAAACCGAUGCUAAAGGGAUGACACCUCUAAGCCGCUCAGCUCCUACCAACCUCUACCUCGUUCACUCUGACCAUGCUUACCAGGCCACUGCUCCUGUGAACAUUCCAGGGUCAACCAAGUUCACACCCAAUGGAAAUAGCUUUAGCAUCUCUUGGCAGUCUCCCCCAGUUACCUUCACUGGCAUUCCAGUUUCACCAACACACACACGCCCUGCAGGGAGUGGAGAACAAAAGCAACAGAUUCAGACAGUUUUGUCAUCACCACCAAGAGCAUCAAUUGGCCUAAGAAAACCUAGAGGAGAGGGAAAGAAAUGUCGCAAAGUAUACGGGAUGGAGAAUAGAGAUAUGUGGUGCACGGCUUGUCGUUGGAAGAAGGCUUGCCAGAGGUUUAUUGACUGAAGCACGGAAACCAUAUGGAGUCACAUUCACAGGAUUUUCAUGCUGCAGCUGUGCUGUGAACUUUCCCAUAUCCUUCAGUGCUGGCUUCCAUAGAAGACUUGCACUUUAAAAGGAAAGUAGCUGCAUCCAAGAAGGAGUUCUUAAAAGCCUAUGUGCAGCAAUAGAGGAGAAACUAACAACCACAAAGUCUUUUAAAAGUUUUGGUUCAGGAGCAGCUAUGUGUAUUUUCCUUAAAAAAAAAAAAAGGAAAAAAUCUUUUUUAAUAAUCUUGAACAAUUUGCCUGCCAAGACAUGUUCUUUUCACACUGCAUUAUUGUUUAUGUUGAGAACUUUGAAAUCAGAAAAAGCAAAAAUCAAGUGAUACUACUUUUCCUGAAAUGAUUUUUUAAAAAUGCAUACAUUAAAAGGGGUUUCUACACUUUACAAAUGCAUAAGCUACACUUUUCUCAAGAGCAGCUCUUUCAGAUACAGUCAAUAAUUCUAAUGUGAUCAGAGUUGAUGCAGCAUCUUGGGCUUGUCCAUUAGGGUUAUUAGAGUAUUGCAAUCCUGGAAGGACAAGCAGCAGCUUGAAGAGGAUCUUAAGGGUGGUUUCAAACUUAGACCUGAAGCCUAAGUAACCACUUUUGUAUCCAUCCUAAAGGUGAAUACAUUUGGGAGAAUCACCAGCAGACCUAAACUAAAAAGUACAACUACAAGCGGGAGAGUUGACUUUAAAUGAACUUGAAGUAAGUGUAAGAACUUAAUUCAAGGUUCAGGAUAUCCUUCUAGUAAUGGGCACAGGAAACUUCAUACAUCUCACAGUGCUAAAGGCCCUGCUAAGAAUGAAUAUGGGCAGCCAGCUAAACUGUGUAAGCAUUUAUUCAGGGAUGUGAUCCAACCCAGCAGCUUCCUUUCCUGCUUUUUUAUGAGAAUGCCUGAUAAACAGUUCAGUUUAAAAUGCAAAGGUAUUGUUUGGGGCAGGGAGGAGACUACAUGGAGAAAAUGUAGCUCAUUCAGCUUUCCAACAAGUAAAAUUGGUGUGAAGCAAAGCAGAUGUAUGUAUGUAUGUAUGUAUGUAAAAAGUCCAUUAAAUAUCAAGCUAUUUCAUGGACAGAAAUAAAAGCCUUCAGACUGGCUUGCACUUUGAUAGGGUUUUGUGCUUUAGUGUAAUUUAGUACUUUUGGAGCUCAUAAGAAGGCACAGAUUAUUUUAGCAUGAUAUAAAUUGAGCUCAUGUUUGAAAAUCAGUAGAAAUUUGGAGACAGGUAUACUGGAAUGAUUGUCUUUGCAGACCCAACUAAAAAUAAAUGGGAUUAGUGCAAGAAUACUACCAUAUAGUAAUGUCAGUGGGGCGUGUGUGGAAAAAACAUCCUGCAGAUGCUUGCCCUGUGUUACCAACUUCAGAGUGCUCUCUCAUGUUCAAAAACAAUAGCAAGAAGUCUAUGUGGAUGCUUAGUCUGGCUGUUGUUUGGUGACAUGUCACAGACAAAAUUUAUUAUUCGACUUAGAAGGACCAAUGAUGGGAGUCUAACACAAACUCUCUUAUUAUACUGUGUACCUUUGACUAAGAGGAGGAAAAAAGCACAAGAUCUGGUUGGAACAUAAUCUAGAGCUAGGUCUGAUUUUUAUGUGAAUUUCAGUCCAAAACUUAAAUCAGCUUUAACAGUAGGACACUUGUUUUGUAGUGUUUCUCUUUGAAGAAGCCUAGGUUUGCCUUCCAAAAUAUGUCUAUCUGGUGGAAAAACCCUGCCUUGGAUUGGCAAGGUUUUCUUGGAUUGUGACAGAUAUUCAUCCAAUUUUCUCUUAACACUUCCAAAGAAGGCAGUUCUUUGGCUAUAUCGUGCACAGUUGCUAGCGGUCUUAGGCGUGCUCCUUGUUCCCUAGUUCCUAUCUUGAGAUCUGUCAGAAAAAUAACAGAAGGCAUGAGCUGAAUACAAAUGAAAUAUUUUAUUUUUCUUCUGACUUUGUCUCUGUUCAUAUCUAGCCUACCCAUCAGAGUUAAGAAAAAGUACAAGUCAGGGAAAAGUGAGGCUUUAUUUUUAGCUAAUUACUCACUGCAUGACCAGGCAGCUAACUGCUAAUUCCCGAACUAUAUACAUAAUGCAACAGGCUCACCCUAUGUUCAAACUUGGAUGUGUUUAGUUGCAGUCUUACUUUUGUGUUGUAGUACACCUCUGGAUGUUCACAAUACUCCAUUUGAAAUUCAUCCAGUAGUGAUCACCAAUUUUAUAACCUCUGGUAUGAUUUGCUGCUUGGAAACAAGUACAACAAACAUGGACCCUACCUUAAUGUUCAGUGUACAUCCAGGAUGAAAGAUGUAUGCUUUACCUCGGUUAUGUAUAGGAAAAGUUGUAGUGUAUGUACUUUGCAUGCUAGAGAAUGGGGGUGCAAUUCCUGGUAUUUCUAUUUGCAAGGUUAAAGGUGGCAGGACUUUGAAUGGUAUCUGCAUGAGGUCUUAGAGAGCUGCUGCCAUUCUGGAAUAGAGUAAUACUGGGCGAAAUUGACCAAACGUCUGACUCAGUAUAAUGUAAAGUUCACAGAAAAAAGUGAAGUGCCAGGAAAAAUACAAGUACUUUGUAAACUGAAAUAAAAUUUCACACAUAGGAAACCAUUUUUUAUCUGACUAAGUGCUGCAGUUUGGGGUAUCUAGAUUUGACUGUCUACUACUUCUGGACAUGGAUCUGGUUCUAGUUUUGUUGUACUCGUGUCUAUUUUCAGAGGCCAAUAUUGCCACACAAGUUGCAAAUUGGUAUUUCAUUGUAUCCAAAUACAUUAGUAGUUCGACUGGAGAUAGCAGACAACAGUGGGAACGAGAAUAACGAAUCUAUUCUGUGUGCUUCAGGAGUUGAUUUUGAGAAAUACAUAAUGUUCUAGAAAUCUGCUACUGUUUUAUAUAUUUGGUUGCAUGUGUUUAAUAUGACUGCACAUUUAUUAUGGAGACUAUGGCAUUUCCUAGGCAUAUGUUGCUAGGCAUAUUCCUUCAUGCUGGUACUCUCAAAGUUGGGGUCAAAAGGGUUGAUUAACUGGAUUUCAGAUUCACAGGUGUUGAAGACUAGUGUUUAACAUCUGAACAUUUAGAAUUUUUAUAACACAGCUUUCAGCUCAGCACUGCACUGCACUCAUAAGGGCUAGAAACUUAUUUUAAAAAAACUGAAAUAUGGUCAGAGGAAUGCCUACCUACCUGCCAAAUAUUGCCCAACCCUCUGAUUUGUGGGGUAAUGUUCGUCAUCAAGUACUUUCGGCCAUCUCCUGUUUUCCUGCUGUGCAGAGCUUUAUGCUCUCAGUUCUUCAUAUUUUCUACAAUGAAGGCAUACCACAUGGCAACACUGAGAGUGUUUUUAGGGCAUUGUUUGAACUACUGUUUGCCAUAAUUAGGUUAAGCCCAAGCUGUCCUAAGAUAGGUUUUGAUUGUUACUCAUUGACUGAAAUGACUUUAAGGUGGCUCUACUGGAUCUGAUACGAAAAGAAGAAAGUAAUUUAACAAUGCAACUGCUGGAGUUUGUCUUGUUGUACAUAGUAAAUGCUUGUUCUAAAACUGCUUACAACAUAACAGAUUUUUUAAAAAUGUUGCAAAAUUUCAAUAGACUUUUGAAACAUAGGAAAACCACAGAAAGUAGGUCAUCAGCCAGAACAGCAACUAAGCCAGCUUGUCAGGUGAGACAUAUAUUUAGUUAAACCACUGAUGGCUGCAGUGAAGAAUUCAUAAGUUACUCCUUUUUCAAAAUGCAGGGUGAGUUUUACAGUAUCUGUUUUAAAUUAACAAUCACUGAAUAUUCUCUAUAAAACAUUCUUAGCAUAAAUUGGUUUAUGGGGAAGGCCAAAACUUUUCCCAAAUUAUGCCUCAGUGUUUACCAUUUUUAUUACACAGACUGAUGGAUAUUCAGAGCCUUCCUUAUGUUAUGUUCCAGUGUUGUUUUCUCCUCUUACCUGUCACCUUUGUUCUUUUGUUUUGUGAUCCCAGCCAAUCAUGUUGUUAAUGUGAUGUCAUGUUAGGCUAAAUGGCAGUCUCAAAGCAAGGAUAGGAAGUAUUGUCUCCAAACAGUGGGGGCACAUUUCCCAAGUGGUGAGAAUGUGAAUGAGAUGAGUCUCUUUCCAUGUUUGGCUCAGCAGUAGUUGGAGUGUCUCCCCAGUCAUGCUACAGAGAUUACUAACAUACCAUAGUACUGUGGCUAUUGUGUAGAAACAUUUUAACUGUUCUCUUAUAUUCUGAUGUGCAAAAAUAAUCUUGAAUCUGUUUUACCCUAGCAGUAAUUAUUUUAUUUGAAUGUCUGAUUGUGAGUCAGCUAUGAAAAGAUUGUUGGACUGCUUCUUGUAUGAAAAACUCUUGACAUGGGACUGUUACCAAACAAGACAAUCAUGUGAAAAUUGCUUCCAGUAAAAUCAAAUCAGCAUCUCCUUUGUUGUUGGAAACCUGACACAAAUAUGUUCAGGGGGUUGGCCCAGUGGGUUUUUUUUCUUUGUUCCCCUGCCCCCACAAACAGGUGCCCUUCCUAUGUCAUAUCACAGAAAUUUGUAACUCCUUUUCAAAAGAAGCUUGGUGUAAAGCAUGUGAAUGUCAAAUUGAACGUAAUGAGUUGAAAGCUAUUUUGGGCUCAUAGAAGUAGUUUUAGGGCACAAUCCUAUGCACGUUAUGGCAACAAAUCUCUCAACAUUUCUCAGCAUAGGGAAGAUAUAGGACUCUUUUUUUGUCUAUACAUGCAAAACACUGAGCCGAGGCUCUGUAGUCCUUUCAGAUCCUUGACAAUGAUUUCAGAAUAUGUUGAACGGCAGUUCACCUCUAUUUCUGCUCACACUGGUCAAGUCUGAUAACUUCAUUCUGUAACAUCAUUGAAGAACUUCAUUCUUCAUUCAUUCUUUAAUUGUGUAUGUGCCAUAAAAAAGGAUAAGAAAAAUGUGAAAUAUUCUAUUAGUCACAUUUUGUAUAGGAUUUUUUUUGUCAUCAAAUUUUGUCAUCACUGAGGAUAUGGGGUUUGUUUUGUUUUUUGUUUUUUUGUUUUUUGCAAGCAGCCUUUCAAGAGUUCAUUCCCCACCAACCCUAUGCCAUAAUAUUUACCCCAAAUUGGCUUUUUCAAAGAUGGCGUAAGAAGAAGUUUUUAGGUUCAGACUAGUCCAGCAUUCUGUUUCCAGAGGUGGCAAGCCAGGUGCCUCUGGGAAGCUCACAAAACAUCCUUGGCUGUAAGUGUGCCGUAAGUGUUUGUCUCUAGUCAAUCUAUGCAGUAUAGCCAAUGGAGGUUUGGACGGCGUACUGGUCAGCUCAUUGUGGGUUAUUUAACCCACAAUACUCAUAGGGGAUGCUGUGUCAUGUAAACCCAGUGAGCAAGGAUUAAGCAAGAGUUAAAGAGACCAUGUGUUGUUUAAUUCUAGCAUAACCCAAACUCAUCAGGGUCACAUGACAUGUCCUGAGCAGGGGUGGGGGUUGCAUAAUUGGGUUUUUUCCUAGUUAAAAUUAAUUCUAUAAUACUAGAACAGUUUGUUGUCCCAGAAUUGUUUCAACUGGUUGCAAGCAUUUUGCUUAAUGUUGUGUAUAUUCGGAACUGAAUUGCAGUAUGACAGAAUUUAAGAAGCAGUUGAUUCAUCUUUGUGUAGAAAUGCUAAGAAUAAUCUGUUAGUAUCAUUGCUCAACUCAUCUUACUAACGAAGUACUUGAAAUAGAAUUGCUGCAUGAUAAAUCAUUUUUAAAGUUGUAUAUUAUUUAUUGUUCAUAUAUCUUGCAAAGACGAAGGCCUUUGGAGCCAGUCAAGAUGGUCAUUUUCUGGUACCUUCUGAAUCCCUGAACCCAUUCUUGGGCUUCUUUUUGAAUCCUACUGUGGAUAGCAAAUUCAGGGAGAAACCAUCUACAGGAGAACCCAGCACUGUGACAGGAGAAACUGAAUGACAGCCCGAGAAUUACUCCACUGUAGUCUAUACUCAUAUGAAUAUCUGACCAGAGUGUUUGUCUUUCAAAGUGCAAAUUUUAUUAUUGGUGCUUCCACUGUGUUUUCUUCACUAGCAAGAUGUCAUUAAGUAAAAAUUAUACUCAUUCGCACAGUUAUUUAGAUUUUUUAAACAUUAAAAAGAGCACAAUUGGAAUUUAAGCCUUUUUGUGGCUAUGUGUUGAAACCACAGCUUUUUGUUUAAGGUUUUGUAUCCAAGUAAAUGCCUCCAAUCCUGUAUAUGAGAGUAAUACUGAUUUUGGACAGUCCUGGUCUUCCGAAUGCCUAACUUUCAAGGGCAGUAUGUAUACUAAAGGAUUCGCUUUAAUUGUCAUAACUCUCAUGCUGGUGCUGACCUUGCUAGUAUUUUCACCUUUGUGGAAAAAUGAAUACUGUCUGUCUGGGGAUAGGAAGUAAGGUGUGUUUCUUAGUUUAAUCCAUUUUUCAAAGUGUGUGCUAGGGAACGCAGCUGCCUCCGUGCAAAUAUCAGUAAAGGCAGAGACCUAACUCACCCUUGCUGAUCUUCCUGUGAAAUAUGCACAGUGGCAUCUGUGCAAAACUAGUGUUCUGGAAUCCUUCUCAAGACAGGUCAAAGAGCAAGAGUGAUUAGCAGACAAGUUUAAUAUGGCAUGGGUUCCCCGAGAAAUGAUUGUUUAAACAUUACUGUUCUAAAUAGUCUUCUGAGAUUGACUCAGCAAGAUAAGAAAUUACAUAAAGCCAAACAGAAUUUUAUUUUAAUUCAUUUUAAGUCCCUUAAACUAUGAAGGUACUAGAAAGUGGCAGGUUAUAUUUCUAGUCUUGUAUCAAUCUAUUUACAUUGCACGACAAUCUGGAUUUUUUUUAAUGUCUUGCUGUUGGAAUGUUAUUUUUCUCUCAAAACUUAAAUGUAAAAGAACUAAUUAAGGAUAUGCCAGAAGAUAGCAAACAGAAUUAACUUUUUAAUAAAAUGUCUUAAAGGUAAGACUAGUUGAUUAAAUAUCUGUGACUCAUAGUGGUUUUAGUGUUUUAAGAUAUGCAGUAGUUAUAGUCAAGAUGAAAGACAACAGCCUUAACAAAUGGUGCAAUAUUGCUUUUUACUCAACAAAGGGCUAAUUUGUUGGAGAUUGAGAAUAUAAGCCACUGUGAAGAACAGUUUUACAGCAUCUUACCAGCAGGUCUGUACAUGCACAACUAGAACAAGAUUGCAAAUUAAAGAUACGAUUUCUCAAAAAUACGUUGAGACGUUCUUGAAAAUGUCUGCUUUUUACUCAUAUUUGAAUAGGGAUGAAAUCUGAAAAUUAUUUUGGGUAAAAAUAAGUAUUUCCUUCCCUAGAAAUGGGUUAGCUAGGAACCUCCACUCUUGUACCAUUUGUAAUAUCUGUUCUCUGUCCACAUACAGCAUUUAGACAAUAUAAAAGUAGCUUUACAAUGAAUCUAGUCUCAAAAUGACCCACAAUGCUAGAAAAUGAUUAUCUGUGUUUGAUCAUCAGAACAAUUGCUGUCCAAGCAGCCCAUAGAAUGUAUUUUUGUUUUCUUGGAUUUUUUCAAAAGAAAAAAAAUAAUUGCUCUCCAAAAACCUUAAGGAUAACCAAAGAUCAAACAUUCAAGUGAUCUUCUCUAUUUUACCCAUCUUAUUCUCUUGGUAUUCAACUGAAGGAAGGUCAAUAUACAGACAAAGGAAAAAGCAAUAGUUAGACUCAACUGCUUCUGAAUGUUUUGAGCCAAGAUGAAGUUUUCCAUCAGAAGGCUGAGGGAUUCAGUGGACAUACCUUUCAUGUUACCAAACAUUUCAAAUGGCAUUAUGGCUUCUUACCAAGCCACACUGCUAAAGCACCCAAUAUGAAUGAGAUGAAAGUGAUGGAUGGCCUAUAAAUAGCCUAAAUAAAUAAAUAUGUGUAACCUAUCAAACUCACAUUCCAUUCUGCAGCUAUGUGGCUUUUCUGUGUUUCUAAAAUGUUUUCAGAUUCAAUAUCCAUACUAUCUAUGCUUUCAACAUUUGGAAAUGUGCUUUGUGACAUAUUGUACUUUGCAAUGAACAUAUUUCUAGCAGUGAUGGAAUACAGAGGCCAACAUGGCUAUAUUCCUGCAGUAGAUUAAAAAUCUGCAGAUGAUGAAACGAAGUGUUACUGUGAUAUUAUCCCCAUUUGCGUCUUGGGCAGGUGUCCUGCACAAAACUACUGCUGAAAUUAGUGGAUGAUGUAUUACAGCAUCAGCAAAAGUCAGUUUGUUUCUCUCCUCCCUACCAUAAGAACAUGAGAUAGAGCCCUGCUGGUCAGACCAAAGACCAGGGCAGCCAACGUAUCUUCAGAGUGGCCAACCAGAUAACCGUGGGAAACCCAUAAAUAAGAUAUGACUGCAACAGCACCUGCCUGUCAUGUUCCACAGCAAUGGGUAUUCAGAGGCAUACUGCCUCUGUCUGCAUAUCUUCUAUCAUGUCAAAAUAUUAAGCUUUUAAUCUUCUAUGAAAUCAUCCCUGCAAUUUUUCUAUUAUUAUUAUUAAUAAUAAUGUUGAUAUUUUAAUGCUCUGAUGUGAUAUAAAAUGAGAAGUUGGACUGCAUGCAUUGAAUUCUAUAUUUUUUCCAUUCAGAAUAUUUUAUGUGAGGUGCUAACAGGUUUCAAGUAUCUAGUGAAGCUUAUGGUUAAUUGUACAGGUAUAGCAAAUUAAUAAAUAUCUGUAUUUAUGAUCAACACUGUCAA